AUGUGCCUGGCCGAGCGGCUGUGGCUGCGCGAGGGAUCGCCGUAUGACGACGGUCCUAUCGCGGCUAGUAUGUCGCUAUACGAGAGUAUGACGGCGAGUUGCGGCAUUGCGGGACGCCCUAUCGUAACAACGACUAUCGGCUACUUCACGGCAGCCCCUGCUCUGACGGCCGAGGUGUGUGAAGGCUCGACCUACACCAUCCAGGCAUCGGACGACUGCUAUACCAUAUCCAGGAGCUAG